AUGGGUUUGAUGAAAAGUUUGGACUUUUAUCGGUUUGAGAAGAAGAAUUCGGGGCUACUGGCAAGAUUUUGCUUUGGAUUGUGGCUCCUUUCUUCGCUUUUUCAGCCUGUUUUGGGGCUUAGGCCUUUGAGGGAAAGAAGUCAAUCAUGGGGCGAUGAGUGGCUAUUUGUAAGGAAAAAAGAGAGUGAAUUGGGCCCUUUUUCUCCAUGGAAUAUAACUGGAACAUACAGAGGAUCAUGGAGAUUUCUAGAAUCUUCAAAUGGCUCGUCAAGGUUUCCUGAUUUCAAAAUAUCUAGUGGAAAUUCUGUCCUGGAAUUGGUAAGCACACCAACAAAAAUUAGUGGUGUGCAUUAUGUUCAGGGGGUAUUAAUAUUUCAUGAUGUCUACGACAAUGAGCAUGAGGUUGGUGGCGCUCAAAUUAGAGUAGAAGGCGUCUAUAUAUGGCCUUUUAGACAGCUUCGCAUGGUUGCUUACAGUGGGAAAGAGGGUGAGUUCAGCCAGGAAGAUGAUUAUAUAUUAUCCAACCCCUACCACUUGCUUGGAGUAUUCUCCUCCCAGGUGUUUCAGGAGUCUCCGCGGGAGAAAAUUUGGAAACGAAAACAUUCGCCAAUUUAUGAAAUGGAGAAACAUUGCAAUAUUGAAAUUGCUGCACAAGUCUCUCUUGUUUCUCCCACUCAAAACGAUGGAGAACACGAAAGAUAUCACCUUGAAGGAUUAAUGGAAAGCCCCUCAGCGGAUGAUGAUGGGGAUUGUUUUUCACCCAUGGCUUUGAAUGCCACUUCUGUUAAUAUCGAGGUCUACUACAACAAAGCAGUUAAUUACACGCUGAUGGUCACUUUUGUUUCUUUCCUUCAAGUUCUCCUCUUAAUUCGACAAAUGGAACACAGUAACACACAGUCGGGGGCUGCCAAAGUUUCUACUUGGAUGAUCGGGCAACAGGCCAUCAUGGAUGCAUACCUUUGUCUUUUGCAUCUGACAGCUGGUAUUUUAGUCGAAUCCUUAUUCAAUGCCUUUGCAACCGCUGCUUUUUUCAAGUUUGUAGUGUUUUCAAUAUUCGAGAUGCGAUAUCUUCUUGCCAUAUGGAAAGCAAGUAGAUCUACUAACAAUGGAGAGGGAUGGGAAGUAAUGAGGCGUGAGCUGUCUGUUCUUUACAGCCGUUUCUAUGGGAUUCUUUUAGGUGGUAUUUUGAUCAUGUACGAGUUCCACAAGUUCUUGAGACUUAUACUUCUGCUUAUGCAUUCAUUUUGGAUUCCUCAAAUUGUCACUAAUGUGAUGCGGGACUCAAGAAAACCAUUGCAUCCUCAUUAUAUUUUGGGAAUGUCAAUAACUCGUCUGGCAAUUCCGUUGUAUAUCUUUGGCUGCCCCCACAACUUCAUGCGUAUAGAUACAGACAAAAACUGGUGCAUAUGUCUGUGUAUUUUCAUGGGCUUCCAAGCUUCCAUUCUUCUUCUACAACACUACCUUGGAUCUCGAUGGUUCAUUCCUAGACAGAUUUUGCCGGAAAAGUACAGCUAUUAUAGAAGGUUUGAUCAGGAUCCGGAUAAUGGGACCGACUGUGUUAUCUGUAUGACUGCCAUUGAUCUGACUCAACGCUCGAACGAUUGCAUGGUUACACCAUGUGAUCAUUUUUUCCAUUCGGGUUGUCUGCAAAGAUGGAUGGACAUAAAAAUGGAGUGCCCAACCUGCCGGCGCCCUCUUCCGCCAGCUUAA